UCUCGUUACCGGGCAGAGAGAGAGAGAGAGAUAGGGAGAGAGAUAGAGAGUGAGAGAGAGCAAGAGCGCCUCCAUCGAUUCUCUUCAUUCUCUCUCUCGUUUCAUUCUGCAAACGCAAACCUUAACUCGACAGUGGCUGCCAUGGACUCUGAUUCAACUCAGUUCCAACAAGCCCAACUGGCUGCCAUCCUCGGCCACGACUUGGCUCCCUUCGAAACCCUAAUAUCUCAUCUCAUGUCAUCUGUCAAUGAACAACGCUCCCAGGCAGAAACAAUUUUCAAUCUCUGCAAGCAGAACCACCCUGACGCGCUGUCUCUUAAACUCGCUCACCUUCUCCAGUCAUCUCCUCAUGUCGAGCUCCGAGCGAUGGCAGCGAUUCUUCUCCGAAAGCAGCUCACUCGCGAUGACUCGUAUAUCUGGCCUCGACUGUCGCCGACGACCCAAGCGCAGCUCAAAUCUCAUCUUCUCGUCUGCGUUCAACGGGAGGAUGCCAAGACAAUAUCGAAGAAGCUCUGCGACACAGUAUCAGAGCUCGCGUCGGGGAUUCUGCCCGAUGGCGCGUGGCCGGAGCUUCUCCCAUUUAUGUUCCAGUGCGUCACUUCUGAUUCGCCUCGGCUUCAAGAAUCCGCUCUCUUGAUGUUUGCUCAGUUGUCACAGUACAUCGGGGAAACCCUAAUUCCUCACGUUAACACUCUUCAUUCGGUGUUCUUGCGGUGCCUGGCUUCAUCUUCGAGCUCCGAUGUACGGAUCGCCGCGCUCGGUGCGGCGAUUAAUUUUAUUCAGUGCUUGUCUAGUGCAUCGGACCGGGAUCGCUUUCAAGACUUGUUACCUGCGAUGAUGCAGACACUGACAGAGGCAUUGAAUUGCGGUCAAGAGUCGACGGCGCAAGAAGCACUUGAGCUUUUGAUUGAGUUGGCUGGGACAGAGCCAAAGUUCUUGAGGAGGCAGCUGGUGGAUGUGGUUGGUUCGAUGCUGCAGAUAGCGGAAGCAGAAUCUCUGGAGGAGGGGACGCGGCAUCUAGCGAUUGAGUUCGUAAUCACGCUUGCUGAGGCGAGGGAGAGAGCGCCGGGGAUGAUGCGGAAGUUGCCGCAAUUUAUUCAUAGAUUGUUUGGGAUCUUGAUGAAGAUGCUUCUGGAUAUUGAGGAUGAUCCUGCAUGGCACAAUGCUGAGAGCGAGGAUGAAGAUGCUGGGGAGACUAGCAACUAUAGUGUUGCCCAGGAGUGUUUGGAUCGGCUUUCUAUUUCUUUGGGUGGUAAUACAAUUGUUCCAGUUGCUUCAGAACUGCUGCCGGUAUUCCUUGCAGCUCCGGAGUGGCAGAAGCAUCAUGCAGCACUUAUUGCGCUUGCUCAGAUUGCAGAGGGAUGCUCAAAGGUAAUGCUAAAGAAUCUUGAACAAGUGGUAAAUAUGGUUUUGAACUCGUUCCACGAUCCGCAUCCUCGCGUGCGGUGGGCAGCUAUUAAUGCAAUCGGACAAUUAUCUACGGAUUUGGGCCCGGAGUUACAAGUUCAAUACCAUCAACGGGUGUUACCUGCUUUAGCAGCUGCUAUGGAUGAUUUCCAGAAUCCCCGGGUGCAGGCACAUGCUGCUUCAGCGGUCCUGAACUUCAGUGAAAAUUGUACACCAGAUAUCUUAACGCCUUACUUAGAUGGGAUUGUGAGCAAAUUGCUUGUGCUUCUACAGAAUGGUAAGCAAAUGGUGCAAGAGGGAGCACUGACAGCUUUGGCAUCAGUUGCUGACUCAUCACAGGAGCACUUCCAAAAAUAUUAUGAUGCUGUUAUGCCUUAUCUGAAAGCUAUAUUGAUGAAUGCCACUGAUAAAUCUAAUCGAAUGCUUCGUGCCAAAUCCAUGGAGUGCAUUAGUUUGGUUGGAAUGGCUGUUGGAAAAGAGAAGUUUAGGGAUGAUGCUAAGCAGGUUAUGGAUGUCCUGAUGACACUUCAGGGAUCUCAUAUGGAGACAGAUGAUCCAACAACAAGUUAUAUGCUGCAGGCAUGGGCUAGACUCUGCAAGUGCCUGGGGCAGGAUUUCCUCCCUUACAUGAGUGUUGUCAUGCCCCCAUUGAUUCAAUCUGCUCAACUUAAACCUGAUGUAACCAUCACUUCUGCUGAUUCGGAUGAAGAUAUUGACGAGUCUGAUGAUGAAAGCAUCGAGACCAUCACCCUUGGUGACAAGAGGAUAGGGAUCAAGACUAGUGUCCUAGAGGAGAAAGCCACAGCCUGUAACAUGCUUUGUUGCUAUGCUGAUGAGCUAAAAGAGGGUUUCUAUCCAUGGAUUGAUCAGGUAGCUCCUACUUUGGUUCCACUUCUUAAAUUUUAUUUCCAUGAAGAAGUUAGGAAGGCUGCUGUUUCAGCCAUGCCAGAGUUAUUACGAUCAGCUAAGUUAGCUGUAGAAAAGGGGCUAGCACAAGGACGCAAUGAGUCAUAUAUCAAACAGUUGUCUGAUUAUAUAAUACCUGCCUUGGUGGAAGCUUUACAUAAGGAGCCUGAGACAGAAAUUGUUGCAAGCAUGUUGGACGCUUUGAAUGAAUGUAUACAGGUUUCAGGACCUCUCCUGGAUGAAGGCCAGGUGAGAAGCAUCGUGGAUGAGAUAAAACAGGUUUUUACAGCAAGCUCAACUAGAAAAAGAGAAAGAGCAGAGAGAGCCAAGGCAGAGGACUUUGAUGCAGAGGAGGGCGAGUUGCUAAAAGAAGAAAAUGAGCAAGAGGAGGAAGUAUUUAAUCAAGUUGGCGAUUGCUUGGGUACUUUGAUUAAAACAUUCAAGGCAUCAUUCUUACCAUUUUUUGAUGAGCUGUCGACAUAUAUAACUCCUAUGUGGGGCAAGGAUAAAACAGCUGAAGAAAGAAGGAUUGCCAUUUGCAUUUUUGUUGAUGUUGCAGAGCAAUGCCGAGAAGCUGCUCUUAAGUAUUAUGAUACUUACCUUCCUUUCCUCUUAGAAGCCUGCAAUGAUGAGAAUCCAGAUGUUAGACAGGCUGCUGUUUAUGGAAUUGGUGUUUGUGCGGAGUUCGGUGGUUCUGUAUUUAGACCUCUUGUUGGAGAGGCUCUUUCAAGGUUAAAUGUUGUGAUAAGGCAUCCUAAUGCACUACAUUCUGAUAAUUUAAUGGCAUAUGACAAUGCCGUUUCAGCUCUUGGGAAAAUAUGCCAGUUCCAUCGUGACAGCAUUGAUGCAGCUCAGGUUGUUCCUGCCUGGUUAAGCUGUUUGCCAAUAAAAGGGGAUCUUAUUGAAGCAAAAAUUGUGCAUGAUCAGCUUUGUUCAAUGGUGGAAAGGUCUGAUAGGGAUCUUUUGGGUCCUAACAACCAACAUCUUCCUAAAAUUGUUGCAGUCUUUGCCGAGGUUAUAUGUGCAGGGAAGGAUCUCGCAACGGAGCAAACUGCCAGCCGGAUGAUUAAUCUGUUGAGACAGCUUCAGCAAACAUUACCACCCUCUACCUUGGCAUCGACCUGGUCAUCCUUGCAGCCGCAGCAACAGCUUGCGUUGCAAUCUAUCCUCCCAUCUUAGUCUUUUGGGCCUGUGGUGGACAUGUCAUUGCUUCACUUGGAGAUGCUUGUAUGCCUGGUCAGUUUGUGUCAAUUAUAUGUUUAUUACCCAUUCUUUUUCCAUAAUAUAUCCCCAUCUUUUCAUUGAUGUGGAUUUUUCUGGCAAUGCGGCGUCAUUGUGUUGAUUGAGGGUGAAGGUUUGUGUGGGUGAAUAGAGAAGUUUUGCUGUAGAAUGUGUAUAUUACAACAAUCAUUCAUAGUCCUGUUUUAUGUCCAAAAAAAAAAGAAAGGAAAAAUUAUAAGAUAGUAGUCAGUAGUGGGUUUGAGAGGUUCUUGUUAGUCGGUUCAGUGCACAAGGUUGAGGAUUGCCAAUUUGGCAAUUCUUGUAUCAGUUUUGGUACUUAGUUUUCUUUUCGUCUUCUGUUCUCUUAUAUUUUCUUCCCUGUCCUUUCUGAAAGUGGGAAUCUGGACACAGUUAUGAAGUUAAAUUAUAUAUUAUUCCUUUCAAUUUGCAAUUUAUUAUAUUGUCUCCC